AUGAAUACCACAGAAAAAGAACUCCAGCCUGGCUUCAGGAGGAGUCGUAUGACAUCCGUAAAAGGUCCAAGAACUAGAAGUGUUGUAACAUUUAAUCCAACAACUGUUAGCCCAGGUGAAGAGCUGUACAUUAACAUCCCCAAACUAAAGCCUGACUCUUGCCUAGUCCCAGGAUCGUUUGCACUAUUAUUUGACUUUAAAAAUUCCAAUACAAAAAGCCGCUUUAAUAACAACCUGUCUAAGUUGAUAGCUAAGCGUCUUCAGAUUAAAGUAGCAGGUGAAACAGCUUAUGACUGUUCAGGAGAGAGUUUGUACGAAAUAUACAAAGAUCUAUGGCUAACACUAGGUGACAGAAAGAAGAUGACUGAACAAGGUCUUGCAAGUGAGAAUCUCAGGAAGCUGAUAUCAGGUGAUGACUCAGGUGUAAAGGUAGGUGAUACAAAUAAAGUAGCAGAUGCACUCCUCCAUAGUGUGUACGGUUCUAAGCUGAGGAAACCAAUUGAUAAAAUAAUUGCAGACCAUGGACUCUACACACCGUUCUCCAUGAAUAACAAUCCUAUGUACAUCUUCACACUCUACCUCACAAUCCUAUGUACAUCCGCAAUCAGAUGA